AAAAAAAAAAAAAUCAACAAAAUCCUGAUUGGUACUGGAGCUUGAAACCCUAACCUAACCCCUCUCUCUCUCUCUCUGCUUCUCUCUUCUCCUUUUUCAGGUACUUCCAUUUUAGAUCGGAUUCGGAGUUUAAGCAAGUGUUGGUGAAAACGAUGAAUUUCAAGAAUAUCAAAGCUCCCAAGGGUCCUGGUGGUGGUGUUAUAGCUGCGGUGGUUAUUGGUGGUCUCGGUCUUUACGGCGCUACGCACUCUCUCUACAAUGUCGAUGGAGGUCAUCGAGCUAUUGUCUUCAACCGCCUUGUUGGUAUCAAAGACAAGGUGUACCCUGAGGGCACUCACCUUAUGAUUCCGUGGUUCGAGAGGCCAAUCAUCUAUGACGUUCGUGCGAAACCUUACCUAGUUGAGAGUACUUCCGGGAGCCGUGAUCUCCAGAUGGUCAAAAUUGGACUUAGGGUUCUUACCCGUCCUAUGGCUGACCAACUACCUGAGGUAUACAGAGCUCUUGGUGAGAAUUACAGAGAGAGAGUUUUGCCUUCUAUUAUCCACGAGACCUUGAAAGCUGUGGUUGCUCAGUACAAUGCGAGCCAGCUUAUUACUCAGAGAGAGUCGGUGAGUAGAGAAAUCAGGAAAAUCUUAACUGCACGAGCUGCAUACUUCCACAUUGCGCUGGAUGAUGUGUCCAUCACAGGCUUGACAUUUGGAAAGGAGUUCACUGCAGCCAUAGAAGGAAAGCAGGUGGCAGCUCAGGAGGCUGAGCGGGCUAAGUUCAUUGUGGAAAAAGCUGAACAGGACAAGAGAAGUGCCGUUAUUCGUGCUGAGGGAGAAGCCAAGAGUGCUCAGCUCAUAGGUCAAGCAAUCGCAAACAACCAAGCGUUCUUAACACUGAGGAAGAUCGAAGCAGCUAGAGAGAUCGCCCAAACCAUCUCAAAAUCGGCAAACAAGGUCUACUUGAGCUCUGACGACCUCCUGCUUAACCUGCAGGCGAUGGACCUUGAUGUGAAGCCUAAGAAGUAGAAGAUGUUAUGAGUAAACCACACCAGAGAGCUCUCUUCCAUGAUUGUCUUUCGGAUGUUUUGGACCAAAAGCUGUGAAUGAAGACAUUACGGAUUCUUCAGAGUAACUAUUUCUGUAUCGUGCGUUUGCAAUUUCUUUUCAGAGAUCAAGACAAAAAGAUCGAAUUAUUGACAAGUUCUUUUUUUGUUUUUGUAUGUGAGCAAAAUUUACAAAUUUGGAAAUAAUAAUGUGUGCACAUUACACAAA